GCUCACCUUGUCAAAAUGGAGGAAGUUGUUUGGACAAUGAUGGGUUUGCACUUUACGCAUCUUGCAUGUGCUCUCCAGGAUUUACUGGACAGUUUUGUGAACGUGAUAUUGAUGACUGUGAACCAAACCCAUGUGAAAAUGGAGGCACAUGCACAGAUAUUGGAAAGAGUUUCCACUGCUCUUGUCCUAUUGGCUAUGGAGGUGUGUUGUGCAGUAACCGCAUCCCAGCUUGUGAUAGUAGCCCUUGUGAAAAUGGUGGGACAUGUCAUGGACACCGUGGCAGAGGCUUCAUGUGUAUUUGCAAACCAUACUUUGUUGGGGCCACCUGUAGUUUUUCCACUAGAAACACAAGUGUGUAUGUGGUGGCUAAACAGAGACGGAAUCAGAAUCACCACCUGCAUUUCAGAGGGCACCGUAAACCAGCUCAGCAGCAAGAGAAGGAAAUACUGACCAUAAAAGAGACAAUUGAAAAUAGGCAGUCCUUGCUCACUAAGAGUCAGGUAAUCUGCUUCAUGAUCCUAAGCUUUCUUACAUGUCUUGUUGUUUUGGGUACAACUGGGAUUAUAUUUUUCUCUAAAUUUGAAGUAUGGCUAGCCAAUGCCAGAUACAGCCAUUUACUGCGCAAGGAGAGGGAUUUCUUUCUAAAAGCAAAUGAUGAUGAAAAUGUUUCUGUGAAUAUAAUAUUUCCUGAGAAGAUU